AUGGGGUUGUGUGCUUCGAAGAAUGAUAGAACGAACGGGCGGCAGGGUGUUGGGACUAAGUAUAAUGGGCGAUGCCAGGGUAAGGCUGAUCAUGAGACGGUUGUCGAUGAAGAGAAAAGAAGGGUUGUGAGGGUAGAGAGGGGCACGACGUCUGAUGUGGAGAUGGAUAUGAAGCAGGAGGCCUCGCCAAGCCAGAGUACGUCAGCAACGGCGGGGGAUAGGAAGCGGUCUGUUGUGUCUGCUACGAGUCGUCAGAGCACGGUGCUUACUACUUCUGGGUCGCAACCCAGUCAGGCUGGUAUGCCAGGUGCUGGUGGGGGGAAUAGAGCUUUGAAGGUGUUGCUGCUGGGGUCUGGCGAGAGUGGUAAGUCUACGGUGUUGAAGCAGUUGAAAAUUUUACAUCAGAAUGGGUUCUCUCAGGAGGAGCUGUUGGACUACAAGCCUUUCAUUUUCGAUAAUAUUGUCGAUACGGGGAGGGAUCUCAUUAACGCCAGAGCUCAGUUUAAAGUUCCCUUGGAAGAGGGUUGUGGGUUGACACAAGAAAAUCUAGAUCGUAUUUUGAAUUACAGUCGGCCUGCUGGGCCCAUAGGGAGCUUUCCUCGUGACCUGGCUGUGAUUUUAAGUAAAUUGUGGGAACUUCCUUCGACAAAACAGUUGCUCAAUGGUGAACACAGUUCCGCAUUUUAUCUGAUGGAUAAUGCUGGUUAUUUCUUUGGAAACUUGGAAAAGAUUUCGCAGCCAGAUUAUCACCCUACAGUGGUGGAUAUUUUGCGUACAAGGAAAAAGACUUCGGGAAUUUUUGAUACGACGAUUGAAAUGGAUAGCAAUCUGAAACUUCAUAUAUACGAUGUUGGUGGACAGAGAAGUGAGCGAAAAAAAUGGAUUCAUUGUUUUGAUAACGUUACAAUGAUAAUAUUUUGUGUUUCGCUUUCUGAGUAUUAUCAAACGUUGAUGGAAGACAAAUCACAAAACAGAUUAGAAGAAUCACUGAUUUUAUUUGAUUCGGUAGUCAACAGUAGAUGGUUCACAAGGACAUCGGUCGUGCUAUUCCUAAAUAAAAUAGACGCCUUUGCGGAAAAGCUGCAACGUGUCCCACUGGAACGAUAUUUCCCAGACUAUACUGGUGGACCUGAUAUUAAUAAGGCUGCAAAGUAUAUAUUGUGGAGGUUUGUUCAAUUGAACAGGGCGAAUCUAAAUAUUUACCCACAUGUGACCCAAGCCACAGAUACUUCAAAUAUUAGGUUGGUUUUUGCUGCAAUAAAGGAAACCAUUCUAGAGAACAGCUUGAAAGAUUCGGGUGUAUUGUAA